AUGGCUUUCAAUCACAGAAGGCUUCUGCUGGGAGAGCUAAAGGGCCCCGACAAGAAAGACGAUAAGCGGCCCAAAUUGCCCUGUCCCCCAGAUGGCUGCAAGCUAGACCUCUCAGCCCAUCUCCCAAUACCCAAAACCAAGCACGUCUCGUCUACCUUGAUCCUCACCAUCUGUGUUCUUUCUCUCUUUUUCUUUCUCUCCCUAGUCUAUUUCGCCAUCCGCAGGCGCCGAUCGAGGAGGAGGAGGAGGAGGAGCUCCGCCGCUCCCCCGCCGGCCGGCGGGGACGACCUCCUGAUCGACGAGCUCGAAAGUGGGCCCGGCCCGGUAGACCAUCACGUGUGGCACAUACGAACCGUGGGCCUGCCGGACUCGGUCAUCGACUCGAUCGCCGUGUUUAAGUACAAAAGGCAGGACAGUCUGACGGCGGGCAGCGACUGUCCCGUGUGCCUGAGCGAGUUUGAGGAGGACGAGACGCUGAGGCUCCUGCCCAAGUGUAGCCACGCCUUCCACUUGCCGUGCAUCGACUCGUGGCUCAGGGCCCACACCAACUGCCCUGUUUGUCGGGCUCCGAUAGUGAAGAUGGGCGGGCUUGUUGGUGGUGAUGGGGUUGGUGAGGUGGGCCCAACGGCGGAGGAGGAUCGGGCUGGGGAGGGCGAAUCCGGGGGUGAGGGUGAACGUUGUUUUGGUGGGCCGAGUGAUAAACCGGCCCAAAUUGCAUUGACCCGGUUCAAGGAGGGUAGUGGCUCGACUAGUGGUGGGAAGUUUGCUCGGGUGGUGAGUGAUUUGGGUCGAUGUGAUAGGGCGAAUGUGGAUCUUGGAUAUGUGGGUAAACCGAUGAGGAGGAGAUCGGUCUCGGUAGAUUUAUCGCCGGUUUGA